GCAGCGGCGGCGCCGCCAGCACCGACACUGAGCGCACGGCCACGCGCGGGCGCGACGAGAUGGCAGCGUCCAGCAACUCCAGCCUGUCCGGCUCCUCCGUGUCCUCCGAUGCUGAAGAAUACCAGCCUCCAAUAUGGAAAUCAUACUUGUAUCAGUUGCAGCAAGAAGCACCUCGUCCCAAGAGGAUCAUUUGUCCUCGGGAGGUGGAGAACAGACCAAAAUAUUAUGGAAGAGAGUUCCACGGGAUCAUCUCCCGCGAGCAGGCUGAUGAGCUCCUUGGAGGUGUGGAGGGAGCCUACAUCCUUCGAGAAAGCCAGCGGCAGCCAGGAUGUUACACACUGGCUCUAAGGUUUGGAAACCAGACUUUAAACUACCGGCUCUUCCAUGAUGGGAAACACUUUGUGGGUGAGAAGAGAUUCGAAUCUAUUCACGAUCUGGUGACAGAUGGCUUGAUAACGCUGUACAUAGAAACAAAAGCUGCUGAAUACAUUUCAAAAAUGACAACAAACCCUAUCUAUGAACACAUUGGAUAUGCCACUCUACUCAGAGAAAAAGUGUCCAGGAGGCUGAGCAGGUCUAAAAACGAGUCAAGGAAGGCGAGCGUCACCAAUGAGGGACACACACCAGUGGAAAAGAUCUCCUCACUGGUUCGAAGGGCUGCACUCACACACAAUGACAACCACUUCAACUACGAGAAGACGCAUAACUUCAAGGUACAUACCUUCCGAGGCCCACACUGGUGUGAGUACUGUGCCAAUUUCAUGUGGGGGCUCAUCGCCCAAGGAGUCCGGUGCUCAGACUGUGGGUUGAACGUACAUAAGCAGUGUUCUAAGCAUGUUCCCAAUGACUGCCAGCCUGAUCUCAAGAGGAUUAAGAAAGUGUACUGCUGUGACCUCACCACACUCGUGAAGGCUCACAAUACUCAGAGGCCUAUGGUGGUAGACAUCUGUAUUCGAGAAAUUGAAGCAAGAGGAUUAAAGUCAGAAGGGCUUUACAGAGUCUCAGGGUUCACAGAACAUAUUGAAGAUGUUAAGAUGGCAUUUGAUAGAGAUGGUGAAAAGGCAGAUAUCUCUGCCAACAUCUAUCCAGACAUCAACAUCAUCACUGGAGCCCUGAAACUGUAUUUCAGAGACUUACCCAUCCCCAUCAUCACAUAUGACACCUACUCCAAAUUUAUAGAUGCAGCAAAAAUCUCCAAUGCAGAUGAGAGACUGGAAGCUGUCCAUGAGGUGCUGAUGUUGCUGCCUCCUGCCCACUAUGAGACCCUGAGAUACCUGAUGAUCCACCUCAAAAAGGUUACUAUGAAUGAAAAGGAAAAUUUCAUGAAUGCAGAAAAUCUAGGUAUCGUAUUCGGACCCACUCUGAUGAGACCCCCUGAGGACAGCACCCUCACCACCCUCCAUGACAUGCGGUACCAAAAGCUGAUUGUGCAGAUUUUAAUUGAAAAUGAAGAUGUUUUGUUCUAAUCCAUCAGGGAAAUGAGUUGUCAGAGCUAAAAGAAUAAAAACAUUUCUUACACUUGAUUUGUUUUCAGGCAAGUGUUAGAAUUUCCUGAACCGCAGUGGAUUGCAGAGUUGGGGACUAUGUCUCCCUCCUCCACAUGAGGACAAUGGUGAGGGGGAGAGAACCCUGACCUUGGGUCUUUUGCCGUGCCUCGUAUGUAUGUCUGUUUUGCUGGAAGAGUGAUUAAUAAAUCUUUCUUUAACUUAUUAAAAAAUGUAGACUUUUAAGCUUCAAUCUUAUCAGUAAUAAAAGGGAACUUAAUUCAUAAAGGUACUUGAUAUAGUUAUACAUUUUCCACUUACAAAAAGAAGACAAUUCUAUAUGUUAAAUGUUAAAUGAAAGCUAUAUUGUAAAAUGUAUUUUAUUUUAGCUGCAAGAAUGUUAUUUUAUCUUAGCAAAUAGAACUCAAUGCAGUGCAUUGGUUAUUCCCGUGUUCCUUGUCCUGCGUUCUUGCUGUGAUGCCUGGAAAAUGUCGACCAGAAUGCAGUAUUACCUUGACAUACCUCUGUCCUUGUGCGUGCUUCUUGAUGAAAUUCAUCCAUCGCCCGUGUCCCUGCUUUUGACAGGUCUUUCUCUUCAGUACUCUCAUUCUUCUCUUUUAUAUAGUGUAUGCUUGUAGCAGUUACAGGAUGCUCUGAGACAUCCAGUUUCCAUUCCAUAAAAUUUUUGUGACUUCCCAAAGGAUGUCAUAGAAUUGGUCAUAGCCUUUCUAUAUUAUGAGUAUGUAAUUUCAAACAUGCAAUGAGAUUUGUUGCAUGAGAUAAAUUGAGGACAUUGGAUAUAUCUGGGCAUGUUUGCUUUUCUAGUUUUAGCCAUGCCCUUCAAAUGUAUAUGUUCAUAGAAGGUUGAUUUUUUUGCCACAUUUCCAAAUGAAAGAUGAAUGUGUUGGAUCAUUGUUGAAUUUUUUUCUUCAUUUUCAUUUUAGAAACCUAUUUUUAAAAUUGAGAAUAAAUAAGAUUGCUUUUAUCAAAAAUUUGUUUCUGCUUGAUAAAAAUUCCUCUGUAUGAAAUAAAAUGUAAUAUGAUUUUAUUAAUAGAGUCCCAUCCUAUUGGUUAUAUUUAUCUUAACAUAAGCCUUUCACACAAAGAUUUCUAUAUAUUUCCUAUAUUUUGUAAUAUAACUGAAAUAUUUAAGUUUCUUUUAAAUCCCUUGAUUGUCUGAGAUGAUUCAUAUACUUCAUCACAAGUCUUGCUUUGGAGCAACCAGAAGAGAACUGCUCUGUGAUAAGUGGAGGGAGAGGAGCACCAAGGGUUGUGGACCCAGGAUAUCCCCAGGGCCCUCCCUGCUGAUGGACUCUUGGCAUCCAGGGUUCAAACUGGUUUGUCCUGUUCCAUGCUUCCCACAUUCCUCCAACUGUACAGAUUGGUUUGUUGUAGCUUAUGUACUUCUUGAUACUGUCAAAACUUAUCUGGAAAUGGUUUUAUUUUGUGAAGUGAAUGAGACUUUGUAAUUUAUGACAGUGUAAAUGGAAGGAAAGCGAUCUGUGUAUUAAAUGCUUCUGUCUAUCAUUUUGAA